AUGGCCAGUGGAAAACAAGCAUCUCUGCAACGGGGAGCAGCACUCGGUGAGACACCCCUUCCUUUUGCACCCAGGUCCAUCUUCGAGUAUAUCUCCAAGAAAGACCAAGAACGCAUUAAGAACAUCGCUGCAAGCCGCUUUGCCCCCUUUUCCACGUCGGAUGAUCUCUCGCCAGGUCCCUCACUCCCCACGCCUUGCACGAAGCUGCUCUCCACGGUUUUCAGCCCUUCAUGGCCGAUCCAUCUAAGCAGGCAAGAAACCUGGGCAGACACCCGAGGAAUUCACAAAAGAGAGAGCGACUAUGCAAAAUCAGCUACAUUAUUCCGCCCCAUCUCGGGCCUGCACACGCCUGCUGCACAGCCAGAAGAGGGGACGGACAGUGUGGAUGUGGCGGAGGAAAAGCCGACGGAGGAAGUCAAGGAAGAAGCCCCGAAGGUGCAUGCUGCUCGAUUGAGCAUGUAUGGUGUUAUGACGCGCGAGGUGUGUACGUGGCAGCCUGCGCGGCUGCUGUGUGAGUGCUUUGGCGUCAAGGACCCGGUUAAUGCUGAUGAGGUGGACGAGCCCCCUGCCGUCUAA